GGCUGCAGGCGGGCAGGGAGGCCGGCCUGGUGACGGAGGACGAGCCAGGCCCGCCCGCCCGUCCCGCGCUGGCGCCGGGAGACCCGGCCGAGAUGCCGGUGCGGAGCUCCUGCCGCUGCCCCGCGGAGCCGGCCCCGGGAGCCUCCGCCGCCGCCCGCCUGGAGCCGCCGCCGCCCAUCAACACGGCGCAGCCCGGCGUCAGCACCAGCCGCCUCUACAGCGGCGCCAAGUUCCGCGGGCAGCAGCGCUCCAAGGGCAACGCCUACGAGGUGGAGGUGGUGGUGCAGCAUGUUGACAUGGAUAACUCCUAUCUCUGUGGAUACUUAAAGAUUAAAGGCCUUACUGAGGAGUAUCCAACACUCACUACUUUCUUUGAAGGAGAAAUAAUCAGUAAAAAGCAUCCGUUUUUAACCCGGAAAUGGGAUGCAGACGAAGACGUGGAUCGUAAACAUUGGGGGAAGUUCCCAGCCUUUUACCAGUUCGCAAAAAUAUUUAACUCUGACGAUUUUGAUUAUGAGGAUCUGAAGAAUGAUGACUUUGUCUUCAUGAGAUGGAAAGAGCAGUUCCUAGUCCCAGAUCACACCAUUAAAGACAUCAGCGGGGCAUCCUUCGCUGGAUUUUAUUACAUAUGCUUUCAGAAAUCUGCAGCAUGUAUAGAGGGCUAUUACUAUCACAGGAGUUCAGAAUGGUAUCAAUCUCUGAAUCUGACUCACGUCCCUGAGUACAGCGCACCCAUUUACGAAUUCCGGUGACAGGGAUGCCAAGAGCUUCACUAAGAGAUGGCCAGUGAGGCCGGGGGGUGGGGAGAGAAGGAGGCGAGCGCCAGGGCGCAUCUUCUAUUCAGACAACGGGGAUGUCUCGGUCAGGACAGAAGACACCAGGCUCCCCUCUUACGGGCAUCUGGACCGAUCCGAAAGCACCAAGGGGAAUCCAUGGGACCGCCUGAUCCUCCUUCCAGCUGCGUGGCCAACAUGAUCCCGUAGUCUGGUCUCGGAGCUACCGUUCAAUGCCCUUUUCUUGCAGAGUUCGCCUCUCGGGAUCGCUGACAAUCCUUUCCCCUCCGCUCCUUUUGGGGGGAAGGAAACGCCUGCAUCUCCCCAGAUCACCUUGGAAUAGAAGAGAACAUAAGUUGCUUCCUGCUUAUGUUGCUUCCUCCUUGGCUCCGUCUAGGGGUUCCUCUAGAACAGGUGCGGGGGGGCGGGUGUCCUGUCUGGUCUAAGCGCUACUUGAGGUUGGUGUGUCUGGCCCACAACUGCAGUGUUUGCUAAGGAAGCAGUUGACCGAAGAAAGCGGGGCCUGGCUGGGGGUGGGAUGAAUAAUCUGCUCCUGUUGGUUUACAAGGCUCAACUUUCUCAGGAAUGUUAGUCAGUCCCAGCAGCGCGAGCUUAAAGCAACCUGCAGUGGCGGGAAAGCUAAUUAAUUAUGCCGAUGCAGAAUUUGCAACAUUAAAUGGAAAAAUGUUUUAAGGACUUUUUGAAAGAGGGGUGCUUUUAUGGACCACUUCCUCACCGCUGGCCUCAAAGACUUGUGUGGUAACGUGCACAAAUUAUUCUUCAUGAUAUUUUACAAUGGCUGCUUUUUUAUUUUUAUUUUUUUCUUUCCUCCCGAUGAAAAUGAGUGCAAGCUCACCAGCUCGCAUCCUGGUGGAUGGUGGUGAGCGCUCUCUCUCUCUCUCUCUCUCUCUCUCUCUCUCUCUCUCUCUCUCUCUCUGUAAUUAUCUCGCAGUGUUGCCACCUGCUCAUCACGAAGGAAGCGCUUGGCGAUAUGCAAAUUACGCUUCUGAUGUGCGCGCCAGGUUUACGCUGCAGAAAACACCAGAUGUUUGCUAGGACUUUUAUCAGACCAAAAAAAAAAAAAAAAAAGUAAAAUAAAGCAUCCUCAUCCCCCUCCCCAAAUAAACUGGUCUCCCAAGACUUUGAAAUGUUCAGUGACUUAAGGCUUCUGUGCCAAACUUUAUGCAUGUGUGGUUGUGUAAGAGUGGCUGUCCUGUUUCAUGCGGCCUCAAGAGGCUUCUGCGUCUCCACAUCGUCGUUGGGGGUGGGUGGGAACCGCUCUGCCACUCGAAUUUUCAGAGCAGGAACAUGAUGCAGCUCGUGAGCCGGGCCUGCUGUUCUCCUUGCUUGCUUGCUUGCUUGCUUGCUUCGAAAUGCUUCGAAUGCGCUCCGCUGCCGUCCUGUCUGCUUCCGCAGGUGCCUUGGACUUUGCAGUGUUUGGCAAUGGAGAGGGACGGAAUGUCCCCAGUGGCCAAAAAUUAUAGGUUGUGGUUGUUCGCUUUGGGGCUCGGCCUUCCUUUGUGGCAGGAUCAGAAACGUUCAUCAUGGCUUGAUUUUCAAACAUGGGCAGGUAACUGGGGCGGAGGAAGAAUUUCUCUCUGUCUCCUGCACAGUGUGUACCACGGUCUUGAAGAGGGGCAGGGAACAGGCUGUGCUCUUAAAGUACGGAAUGGUUUUCGCUUCCUUGAAUGAUGGGGGGCGGGGGGGGGGUCAAAAAGUGUCGCUUGCGAAAGGUCACUGAAAAAAGGACUUGAAAGUAGGUUGGAGCAGCGUUCUUCUCUGUAGCUCUUUGUUCUUCCCGACAGCGAGCAAAGCUGGAAUAAAUGAUGUAAAAGAAGAUAAAUCUCUGUGCAGGCUGGCUCAUUUGACACGUGGAUUGUAGAAUCCUGCUGUUUUGUUUUAAUUUCAGAAUUUGGCUUGUUAAGACAGACUAUUUAAAAGAAUGACCACUGGCUUACACUAUCCUAUAUCUUUCAGCACAUGGUAGCUGUGCAUGUUAAGGUGGGCUCUUUCCUUUCCUUUGCCACAGUGUAAAUCAGAGAUGUCCAAGCUUGGCAAAGUUCAGACCUAUGAACACUCAGAAUUCCUCAGCUAGCCAUGCUGGGAAAUUUUGGCAAUUGAAGUUGGGAAUUAAAAGUUGCCAAGGUUGGACACACCCCUGGUAUAAACCAAGAUGCUAAUUAAUAAGUGCUGGGGUUUGCAUUUGUUGGACCUAAUUGUUUUAACUGCACAGGAAUGUAUGCAUCUCAGUAAGAGCAUGCCUGCUUCAAACCAAGCAUUUCCGUCAGCCAUGCAGGAAACCCAUUUAGUCUGCAUGCAAUAUAUUCAUGCCCUGCCCUAGAAGGUCAGGAGCAUCCUGCAGAAUUCCCACAGCUCUCCCCUCCGUUACAAACCACAACUCCCUCCUACUUCUCCCACUCUGUUUCUAGGCAAGUAGUCCUCUUGUGGAGAAGUAGUCGUGCCUGUAAUUGGAUUGGGAUCAACCUGCUUAUAACCUUUGGCACUGGAGGAAAAUGGUUGAACAAUCACAGCUUGCCAGAAGAUGAUGAAAAACUUCAGGUUAAAGGAUUUUCCAGAGCCUCUCCAGCCAGUGAUGCUUAACAGCAAAACUUAAAAGAAUUAAACUUAUUGGGUAGAAGUGACCUUGGAAGCGCUGGCCAGGGAAAAAUUUGGGAUCUACAGAAAGUGAUAAGUUGUCUCUCCAUUUCAGCACCUUCCCCGUAGCAUACAAGGAGAGGCUAGUCCUGUUCACACUGUCCCAAAUUGAGAAAGAUUGCAAAGCAAACUCUUGGUUGCGGUUCCUUCUUGGGCUUCUUUUCUUUACCCUUGGGGGGGGGCGGGGGGGGGUAAAUGACCGUAAAUCAUUGGGAUGAUACUGUCCUGGUUGUUGAAAUGUUUAGUUUCACAUGCCACGGAGAGCCUUGAGACAAUAUCCUUCAGGCAUAGACUUCCAUGAUUUAUGUGAAAAUGGUUUUUCAGCCAAGAGGGAGUGAAGUCCAACUUGUGCCAGGCAUUGGUAGAAGGGAAUAUGGCAGGCCUUCAGCUGGGCUUAAAGUUAAUUUAACUCGAAGAUUGUAUGAUCACCUCCAACCUCAGGUGGUGGUUUCUUUUGGAACCUAAUCUCUCAAAUGUUGGAAAAUGUACUUCUUACUCUAGCCACUGAAAAUUCCAGGGGCCUUUGCGCUAACGCCCAAGCUGUUUCCAAAGGCUUAUUAUUAAACAGAUGGAACAUUUUGUAGCAGGAAUUUAUAUCAGAUUUCUACCCUCCAUUCGGGAGAUUUGAAUAACUUGGAAUAAACAAGCCAAUAUCAGGUUGGAGGAAGCAGGAUUUCCAUUCUGUUUAAGGCAUCGAUGUGACAUUCAUUUUUGGCCAAGAACUCUGGUUUGAUGCACUAACAUGCUUGCGCUUGAGAUGAAGCAGACGGGAAUUAAGUUGGGUAAAGUUAGUAGUAUUUCAACUUUUCUUUUGAAAAUAGCUUUUUUUCCCCCUUUAAGGCUUGUCUUUCAUUCUCUCUCUCUAUUAAACAAGAGCCAUUGCCUCUGGGUUUAUUGAAAAAAACAGGAUGAAGCUUGUCAAAGGGGUGGGGUCUUCCAAAGUGUAUGGAAAGGAUGUUAUAAGCUUAAUCACAGUAUUAAAGAGUAUUUAUAGAUGAAUUGCAGAAAAGAGACUGGGUUUUUUUUUUCUUCCAGAUUUAUCAGUGUCCCAAAUAAAAGAAUGUGUAUUUAAAAAGC